AUGCUUUGGAAAAAGUGCGAUCAACGCAAACCGGGAUGUCUCAAGUGCGAAAAAGGACAGAAGCCUUGUCCCGGCUAUCGGAACUUGACAGACCUUGUCUUUCGGGACGAGCGCCAACGAAUCAGGAAGAAGAUUGGAAAUGAAGCUGGCAGCUCGUCAAAGCCGAGGAAUCUGCCAAUCAACUACGCGUUGUGCCUCAACAUUGAAGAUAGGGCGGCCACCUUUUUCUUCACCCAAUACACCACUACUGGACCACCGUUCUGUGACUCGUACCAAUCAUGGCUUGCCAAGACAUAUCACGAAGAAUCUCCUGGCAACCUAGUCCGACAUAGCAUCCAAGCAGUCGGCAUGGCUGCUAUCUCAAAUAUCUCUAAUGCCCCCAAAAUAGUGCUGCGGGCCAAGGAGCGGUAUGGACAAGCACUAAAAGCUACUAAUGUAGCUCUGUAUGACCCUGAUCAAGCCACAGCAGAUACAACUCUCAUGGCAAUUCUUCUCCUUGGGCUAUUUGUUACGAUAAUGUUCGAAAGCUGGAAUGAUAGCCAUGCGUGGACGGCGCAUAUUGAGGGCGCAACAGCCCUAUUGCACCUUCGCGGCAAGGGCCAAUUCACUAGAGAGCUUGGAAUACAGCUCUACAUACAAUUCAGACAGCAAAUUCUCCAAGCCUGUAUGCAUCGAGGUGUUCCCGUACCCCCUGCCCUUGUGGAGAUUACCAUGCAAUUCGAAGCCAGCCGUCAAGGAACACAGUACAAUAGUCUACGUCCAGGGUCCUUAGCAGUACUAGGCUUUAGGCUCGUCAACCUUUCUGCAGCCAUGAACACACAACAAAUAACAGACGCCAACGCAAUCUACCGAACAGCGGUGGACAUUGACAGUGAUCUCAACGCCUGGGCGUCAAAAUCCUCGCAAUCUGAUCGGAAGUUCCACGAGAUUGAAGCAGAUGCAUCCAAGAAAGAAAAUAACUUCAACGGGAGAGAACAUGUGUAUAACAGUGUUUGGGGAGCACAAGUCUGGAACAACUGGCGGUCGUUGACGAUAGUGACAAACCGUAUUAUUCUCAACCAUGUCGACAAACAGAGCUUCGAGAACAACGAACUCAAAGAGAUAAUGCGGUUCCACAGCAUCUCGGUUAUCCACAGUCUUUCUGCUGAUAUAUGUACAUCUACACCUAGUCUAUCUGGUACCCCACGAGCACCUUCCAUGAUCUGGCCGUUGCACAUCGUCUCCCAAGAAGAACUAAAUGUACCAAAUGUACGAUCUUGGGCAGUCGAGCAACUAAUAGGUAUCAGAAAGUCGAUGGGCAUAAAGCAAGCUGCUGUUCUGGCAAACACGAUGGGCUGA